AUGCCUUUCACCGUUACUGUUCUCUACCCCAACGAGGCCGAUGCCAAGUAUGACUUCGACUACUACGUCAACCGCCACAUGCCCUUGGCUGCCGCCCAGUGGAAGUCUUCCGGCUGCACGAGUUGGACUGCCACCAAGUACCAGGCUACCCCCGACGGAAAGCAGCCUCAGUACUCUUUUGCUGGUAUCCUUGAGUUCGAGAGCAUUGAGUCCAUUCACAAGGCGCUUGCUUCUCCUGAGACCGCCGCUGUCAUGCAAGAUGUUCCCAACUACAGCAACAAGGAGCCGGUUUUUCUGAUCGGGGAGGACGCCAAGACUACUGCCGCUUAG